GCAGUGUGUGUGUAUGUGUAUAGUUGGCCAUUGGGCCUUCCCCAGUCCUGCCCAAGCCGUCCUGCUGCAGCUGUCCUCUGGCAUGUCACUGGGAGCGUCACUGAGCUUGUGCAGAGGACCACAGUGAAGAGAAGAGGUUAGGUUGUCCCAUUCAGAUUACUACUACUACCCCAGGACCACCGAGCACUCCUGGAACCACCGUAACCCCACCAUGGCGGACCAGUACCAAUACAAUGCCAAUGAGGAGAAGAUAAUGAAGGACAGCCACACCAAGGAGAUUGACUUGAUAAACAGAGAUCCAAAGCAAAUCAAUGAAGACGUAGUUAAGGUGGAGUUCGAGGAUGUUAUCGCCGAGCCUGAUGGAACCCACAGCUUGGAUGGGGUCUGGAAACUCAGCUACACCACCUUCACUGUGUCCAAAUACUGGUGUUACCGCAUCCUGUCGGCCAUCUUUGGGAUCCCUGUAGCACUUCUAUGGGGCUUCCUGUUCGCGUGUAUCUCCUUCUGCCACAUCUGGGCCGUGGUUCCGUGCAUUAAGAGCUGCCUGAUAGAGUCCCAGUGUAUUAGCCGCAUCUACUCACUCUGCAUCCAAACAUUCUGCGACCCAUUCUUCGAGGCACUGGGGAAAAUCUUCAGCAGUGUGCGUGUGGCUUUGAGAAAAGAGGUUUAGCGUGAUAUAUAUUUUUACAUACAGCGGUAGAAGAAGUUAUUGGCGUUUUUCCUACCCCUCACACCCUGGUAUAUACCCCCACCUUCUUGUCGGUCUCCAGAAGUUCAGUGACAGCUGCAGCCUGGGCGUGGUACACUGACUGAUCUGGGCCGCUAAGGGACAAGAGGCCCACACACCUCCCUGCCUCUGGCUCAAGCAGACUUUUAUGGCUAUAUUUCCCACUAAAUGAUAUGGACAUCCCUGUGGACACCUGUGACAUUUGGCCUUUCUAAACUAGAAUGAAUGUUGGAAUCAUUAUUUUAUAUUUUCAGCUGAAAGAAGAUAGGAAAUUGCUUCGCUUUAUCAGCUUUAUGUGUGUCCUGACACAUGUUUGCUUCAUACUGGUAGAAAAUAUUGCAAAGGAUUGCCUAUCUAGCGUGAAUGCUCAUUUGUUGAUAUGUUUUAAAGCAAAGGUAUAUACUAUUUGAACCCCAAAAGUAUUACUUUUAGUCAGGGAUAAACUCUCCCCUUUUUAUAACUUGUCAUCAUAAAUUGUCAUGUGUAAUUCAGGGGAGCAUGUAGAACACGUUUUGUGCUGCCAGUAUGCCAGGGUUGACUGAAAAGUUUUGAGAGCACAAAAUACCAUCUGUUGGCCGAUGAAUGGAUUGUUGCUAUGGCUAAACAGCAAUGUUGUCCGUCUGCCCUAUCUUGCUGUAAUCAUUAGCCCAUACAGACUUGAUAGUUUUAUGUCAGAUGCUCUAACCAACGAACACACUUAUCUGUGCUUGGAACUGGCAAGUGGUGCCUAGACUGUCUAUGUUUGUGUAAAUAAAUAGUGAAUAAAUGGACUACGCAUAGCCACCAACCCACUAGAGGCUGCUGUUGUUUCCUUCAUCGAACAGGCGACAUUUUUUUUUUUUUCAUUUGAAGCUCCAGUCUUCAGUCUACAGUUAAAUAAUAAAGCUUUUACAACUGUCCAAAGCAUUUUUCCAACAGAGUGGUGCAUUAAAGCUGAUUUAUUGAGUGUGUGGUUAAAUUGUAUUGAGUUACUUUAAUAUUGGCUGACUCUCUAUAUCAUGUCCCAGUCUUGAGAGGCAUUACCUUCAAAUUGCUCUUCAGAUAGUUUAUGGACACACACAUUCUUCAUAUUUAUAUUUAUGGUUCAGCUGCAAAUGCAGAAGAAAGUAAGGGUGCUCUGAACUCCUGAAGAACACGCAUUGAAUAUGUAUGUAAUGAAAUGAUUUAUGCAAUAUCUGACACGCAGGUAGACAUGAAUAAAACAUGCCCUCAUA